CUGCCGUUUCCGCGAGCAUUGAUACAUGCUCACCGCCGCCUUUUAGGCCCAGGACACAAGUACCAUUCUCACCGCAACCCCUACUCCCGUCACACAAAACCCCUCUUGCCGCGCGCUGUGCAGCUGCUGCAGGAACACAACGUCGCAUACGUCAGAAUGGCCGUCGGACUCGGAGAGACUAUUACUGUGAUUAACAAGAGUGGGAAGGUAGUGAGCAGUAGCAAGCACAUUGUCAACGUCUUCAAGGAGGCCAAGGCCGCCUACCGCGAGCGCAAAGCUGAAAUCAAGGCUGAGCGCGAUGCCGUCGUGAAGGAGAGGGAGGUCGCCAAGAAGGCCCUCCGCGCUGCCGGCGAAGACGACGAUGCCCGCUCCCAGGUCUCGCACCGCUCCAAGGCUUCCAAAGCCCACACCCACCGCAAGCAUGACCGGCCGACCAUGGAGCGCGGCUACAGCGACAGCUUCUAUGCCAACGACAGCCCGCGGAGCAGCAAACACCGCCUCGAAAAUGACCUCGGCGGACACGAUGCGCACAACAAGGAGAUUGCGAGGAGGAACUCCGACCAGGCCGUCCAGCGUUCGUCCCAAAGCAAGUCGCGAUCCAAGUCAGUCGACAUGGACCUUUGCUACGGCGACGUGCCCCCGCCCCUGCCCGAAAAGAAGUACGACGACCUCGAGCUCAAAGAGAAGGCUUCCAAGAUCGAGAUGCUCCUAGACGAGGCCAACUGCCUCCAACAUACCGCCACCGCCAUGAUCGAGAACCUGCAAAAGAACCCCGAGGCCCUUGCCGCCGUAUCCCUCACACUCGCCGAGAUCAGUGCCAUCGUGGGCAAGAUGGGUCCCGGUGUGCUCACGGCGCUCAAGGGUAGCUUCCCCGCCGUAGCUGCUCUACUCCUCAGCCCACAGUUCAUGAUCGCUGGAGGUGUCGCUGUCGGUGUCACCAUCGUCGCGCUCGGUGGAUACAAGAUCAUCAAGAAGAUGCAGGCACAGCCUGCGGUCGAAGAACCAAUGCCUGCCGCGCCUCAAAUGCCUUUGCCUGUCCGUGCCGCCACCAUGCCGCUGCCCAUCGAAGAUUCCAACAACGAGCUCGACGAGCUGGAGCCUCAGGAACUAAGUCGUGUGGAGAAGUGGCGUCGUGGCAUCGCAGACGUCGAGGCCAACAGCUCCGGCACCAGCGUCGACGGCGAGUUCAUCACACCCGAGGCAUCACGCACCCUUGUCGCAGCUGGCGUUCUUGAUGAAGAUGACCUCAAGUCCCGUCGCAGCACCAGAUCCAAGAGGACCAGCGACUCAAAACACAGGGAGCACAAGUCGCAUCGUGCACCAAAGUCUGACUUCAGCGUCAAGACAAGCAAGACCUCCGACAGCAAACGUCAUUCUAGCAAGGAAAAGUCCAGCAAGGAAAAGGUCCCCUCCAGCAAAGUCGCUCCCAGCGUCUCAAGCAAAUCCGGCAAAGAAAGCAGCAAGUCCAAGAAGAAGGAAAAAGAGCCUUCAGGCCUGAAGAUGUUGUUCCGCGCUCACACCGUUGCCGUUUAGUUGCCCUUUACCGCUAUAUCUCCUUGUCAUCAUCAUAGCGUUUGGCGUUUCCUUCAUCAUCGCACAUCAGCAUUUAGCGUUGCUUUACUCUCGUCACGUUUAUACCAUUUAGACGACAUUACAUGGGCAUAUCAAGAUCCCGUCGUUGGCCGCUUGCUGCUUUGGAGUCCUUUUGGGUCGUUUGGCGCAUGGCGAAAGUUAUGGGUCAUGAUUAUCGCGCAGUACUACGAACCUUUUACGCUGUUUUAUGUAACGCAUACGUAUCAAUUACAAACUUACGGACUCACGAAAGAGAAUUAAUUCUUACCUUACCUCUACCACAAUCAC